AUGAAACUUGUCUCAGGGCUCACUUUUACCACUUGUGGGUUCCAAUUGCUCAUGUUUGGUCGACGAAAAGAGGGCCUCACCCCGGAAGAAUACCGCGAUCACUACGAGAACGUCCACAUCCCCCUCAUGAGAAACCUGACCGGAGACACAUUCCCUCUCACUCAUGUACGGCAUUACGUGACACGAGAUGGACCGCCUGAUUUCCCCGCUGCCGUCUUGAUGGGUAAUCAGUCUGACUUCGAUUAUGAUGCAGUGGCUGUCCUCACGUACCGGGAUAAGGCUCAUUUUGACGCCAAUUGGGCUUUCUUCGAGGACGAGGAGACUGCAAGAUUGAUCAAAGAGGACGAGGCCAAGUUUUCAGCAUGGGUGAAGGGUGUUUUCAUUGGUCCCACGAUUACAACCGAUACAAGAGCUUGA